AUACCUCCUUCGGAAGUCGCUACGCCAUCUCUUUCCUCUCUAGAACCCACCCUCUUCCAUGCCACAGCGACCGCCACCGCCAAUUAGACACCCCACCCUAUAUCCUUGUUGCAACACUCACUAUUCAACUCCACUCCCUGUACUCACGUAACCAAAAUUAAGGAAAAUGUCGUCGGAGCCGUCUUCACCGACCAACUUCUCCUCCAUAGCACCACUCCUCCGCAAUCGCCAGUCGCUCCCCUCCCACUCCUCUCCUCUGGCUAUCAUCCUGUCACGCAUCGUCUCCUCCCAGCGCCGCGGCGGUGCUUCUAUGCUGGUACGGGAGACAGCAGCUCGUGAGCUCGAGGAGCGCCGCGCCGACUUGGGAUACUCCAAGCCUGUCGUCGCGCUCGAUAUGAUGUGGAACUUGGCCUUUGUGAUUGUGUCGAUUGUAAUGCUGAUUUGCACGGGUGAUGAGAACCCUAAUGUGCCCAUUAGGGUUUGGGUUUGUGUAUAUGCUUUACAAUGUCUAGUCCACGUGUUUCUCGUUUGGAUUGAGUAUAAGAAUCGGAAUUCGAGGCGGAGGAGAAAUGGGAACGGGGGGCCAGAGGCGGAUAAUGAUUUUGAGAAUCAGGAGGACGAGAGAAACAGGAUUUCAAAUAGCUACAGUAUUGCAAAACGUUGUGAAUCAAUGAACACAAUGGUGUCGUUUAUCUGGUGGAUAGUUGGCUUUUACUGGGUUGUCUCUGGUGGUGAAAUUCUUUUAAGAAGUGCACCACGUCUCUACUGGUUAAGCGUGGUAUUUUUGGCAUUCGAUGUGUUCUUUGCUGUGUUUUGUGUCGUUUUGGCAUGUCUGAUAGGAAUAGCUCUCUGCUGCUGCUUGCCUUGUAUCAUCGCGAUUCUUUAUGCCAUUGCAGGCCAGGAAGGUGCAUCAGAGGCAGAUCUGAGCAUCCUUCCCAAAUAUAGAUUUCAGAUCUCCAAGGAUGAGGACAAGCAAGGAACUGGUGGGGGCAGAAUGGUUCCUAUUGAUACAAGCCAUGGGUACAUGGCAGAAGAGCGAAUACUUCUACCUGAAGAUGCUGAAUGCUGUAUAUGCCUUUGUGCAUAUGAGGAUGCCACUGAGCUCCAUUCUCUUCCUUGCAAUCAUCACUUUCAUUCAACAUGUAUCGUGAAAUGGCUUAAGAUGAAUGCAACAUGUCCGCUUUGCAAAUACGACAUCCUCAAGGGAAACGACCAAGUUUAAACAAAGAGAAGAAAACCUAUAUAUCCGCUUGUCUCAUCUAGAGGCACUGUGGAAUCUGGGCUGGAAAUGUACAUACAUAUAUAUACAUGUGGGAAUAAGAUGGCUUAGCUUCCUUGUACAUUUUCCUAUUACAUGCUUUUCAUACUUUGAAGGUCUUCAGCCUUUGUGAUUCUUUUUUGUUUCCAUUUGUUUUAUAGUUGGUUAGAGUUAAAAAUGGUGAUUGAACGUAAUAUAAGCAUACAGGUUGUGCUGAUAUAAUAUUUAUGAUUUUUAUAGUUUA